AUGUACGAUCCGGCCAAGACGCCGCCCACUUUCGUGCAAGACAAUCUCGCUUCCGGGAACAUCGAUACAAAGGAGGCGAUCUUGAGGGUCACAGGAGCCAACGUUCUCCCUCAACCCAUUCUUCUUCAGGCUCUCAAGGAUUCAUUCUUUGAGCAUGUUCAUCCGUUAUACUAUUCGGUUAUUGAUCGUGAAGACGUCUCCGGUCCAAAUGCCUCAAUACUUGUACAACAAGCAGUCUCUCUAGCAGGCAGCCUCAUGCGACACGGUCAGGAUAACAUGAGUCUGGCGGAGAUGCAAUACGAGAAAGUCAAGACACUGGUCCACGUCGGCUUCGAGCCUGACCAAUUGACAGUGUUGAAAGCUUUGUGCCUACUCUCAUGCUGGAGUCCAUCUUCCCCAUAUCUUGUCACUCUCGAUGGGCCGUGGCACUGGACAGGCGUCGCGUCACGCAUGGCUCUCCAGCUGGGUCUUCAGAAGCAGUCGACGUACGCUGACCGUGAGAAUGCAGGAUGCUUACGACGAAUAUUCUGGCAUCUUCAGACCAGUGAACUUCUCAUGGCUGCUUGUUGGGGACGCCCCCUAUUCAUCAGGCCUGAAGACACCGAUGUGGAGCCGCUCACAGAGGAAGACUUCGAAGUCCAAGACUUCGGCGCUAUAGCAUCUACAUAUAUGACGAAGCUCAUACGGAUCAUUGGGAAGAUUACUCAAUUGAAAACCAAAAAAAGCGGGCCGACAGAAGAAGAUGUUAAGGCUGUUGUCACGUCACUAUGCGAUUGGGUCACUGACCUGCCCGACGAACUGCGGCUUUUCAGCUCAGAAGGUGCCAAAAGGCCGUUCAACCAACACCGAGCUGAGGCUUUGAUCUUUUAUCUUGUCUCCAUCGUCCUCGUUCAAACGAUAAGCAAAAACACUCACUCACACUGGCGGACAUCCGCAGCGUCAUUUCUUGCUGCCUCCUGUGCGGCCCGACUCUACGACGAAAUUCGGUGCAGAGAGCGUGUUGUACACCUGAUUCACUUCCACGCUUUUCUUGUUCUGGUGGUCGGUGUUGUCUUGGUCUCUCACCAGCCCCAAUCGCAAGAGAAAGAAAGGAUACGUGACAGAGACAUGGAUGUUGUUCACUCGGUUCUAGAGGGAAUGAGUGUCAAAUAUGGAGGGGCUCGGGCUAUCUUGAAAAAGUUUCAAGAAAUACACCGAGAGCCUGUGGGCGGACGAGUUGACGAGCCUUCCAUCACCAGGAAUGAGACCACGAGCUCCCAGGCGUCAUCCACGGCGAAAAUUGUGCAGGAUCACAUCGGCGACCUUUUCCUUUUCCCGGUAGAUUUCUGUGAAAAUAUGGACAUAUUAGCACACGAGAAUAACUCUACAGAAGAAGGAAUCCUGCAAGACGACGCUCUCACAGACUUUGGGCGCUGGGAAAACUUUGACGACAUAUCGUCCUUCAUGGACGUGCUCGGCAUGGACUUUACUAGCUUGGACGGAAUCAGCGGAUGA